AAAGGGGGAGGGACCACUGUGCUCACGAAAACUCCACUUUGCAGAACGCUUCUGCCAGGUCCUACUGUCUGUCUCUUUUCCAGGCGUUUAAUACCUCCAAGAUUCAGGUUUGCUUUUCCAUCUCUUCCUUGUGCAUCCCUGACAACAGAGCCUAUUGCCUGCUGGCUUGACUGAGGGACAGUAAUCCACCUCUCCUUGUUACUGCCACGAGGAAAAUGUACACCCUCUUUCUCUUUGUAGUGGGCUCCCUUUGUUUUAACGGAAGCACAGCAGCAGACGCUGAAGAAAAGCUGAUGAACCACCUCCUGAGUCCUGACAGGUACAACAAGUUAAUUCGACCGGCUGUCAACUCCUCUCAGCUGGUGUCCAUAGAACUGCAGGUUUCCCUGGCACAGCUCAUCAGUGUGAACGAACGGGAGCAGAUCAUGACUACGAAUGUCUGGCUGAACCAGGAGUGGAUUGAUUAUCGCCUGGCUUGGAAGCCCUCGGACUAUGAAGGGAUAAAAAUGCUGAGGAUACCUGCCAAACACAUCUGGUUGCCAGACAUUGUGCUUUACAAUAACGCGGACGGCACGUACGAGGUCUCGCUGUACGCCAACGCCAUCGUGAAGAACAACGGGAGCAUCCGCUGGCUGCCACCAGCCAUCUACAAGAGUGCCUGCAAGAUUGAAGUCAAGCAUUUCCCCUUUGACCAACAGAACUGCACCCUGAAGUUCAGAUCCUGGACGUACGACCACACGGAAAUCGAUAUGGUGCUCAAAACUUCCAUGGCAAGCAUGGACGACUUCACGCCCAGCGGAGAGUGGGACAUCGUGGCACUGCCAGGAAGGAGGACUGUAAAUCCUCUGGACCCCAGUUAUGUGGAUGUGACAUAUGACUUCAUUAUUAAAAGGAAACCUCUUUUUUACACCAUCAAUCUUAUCAUUCCCUGUGUGCUAAUCACGUCCUUAGCCAUCCUGGUAUUCUACUUGCCCUCAGACUGUGGUGAAAAAAUGACCUUGUGCAUCUCUGUGUUGCUUGCCUUGACUGUGUUCUUGCUGCUGAUCUCCAAAAUUGUCCCUCCGACGUCUCUCGAUGUUCCGCUGAUUGGGAAGUAUCUCAUGUUUACAAUGGUACUAGUGACCUUCUCAAUAGUUACCAGUGUCUGUGUACUCAAUGUCCACCACAGAUCUCCAAGUACCCACAUGAUGCCCCCCUGGGUAAAGGUGGUUUUCCUCGAAAAACUCCCGGCCUACCUGUUCAUGAAGCGUCCAGAAAAUAAUCCUCCACGGCAAAAGCCCUGCAGCUGCAAAAAGACAAAAGCAGAGCACCCCUGUAUGGAGGCAGCUGACUUCUACAAGAACUCUACCUAUUUUUUGAAUACAGCCCCUGCCAAAAAAUAUGAUAUGAAAAUCUCUGAGACACUUGACAACAUCAGCAGUCAUCGAGAUUUCAGGUUAAGAACAGGCACGAAAUUUUCUCCCGAAGUCCAAGAAGCAAUUGAUGGAGUCAGUUUUAUAGCAGAGCACAUGAAAAGUGAUGACAACGACCAGAGCGUCAUUGAAGAUUGGAAGUAUGUUGCCAUGGUAGUGGACAGGCUGUUCCUCUGGAUAUUUGUCCUCGUGUGUGUCCUGGGGACUGUUGGAUUAUUUCUGCAACCCCUUUUUCAAAACCACACUGCUGCCAUGAACCCUUAGUUGUCAUUUAAAAUUGUCAAUAUUUACACAAACGUUGGGUCUCAUUCUACUCCCAGUUCCCCUCUGCUAAAUCCACAGAGAUGCCAAGUGAGUUGCACUUACAUCCCUUAGGGCAGGGAAAAGGAAAGUAGAACUUGACUUACUGUGGUAAGAAAAAAAACCCAAACAAGCAGAAAACUAAAAAAUUUUUCCAGUGAGUCCAGGACUUCUGGUGAUAUCUUGGCCCUUUUUUCAAUUGUUUGAAGUCUGAACAUUACAGAAAAAGGCUUCUACUGUACAACAUGCCAUCCUGGCUAAUUAUUAUUAUUAUUAUUAUUAUUAUUAUUAUUAUUAUUACUAUUAUUAUUAUAUUUUACAUACAUUGCCUUAGGAAGGAUCUUUUCUUUCCUCAGAAUACUGCAAUUUCCCUGUUACCAAGAAGGUAUUGCUAUGAAAUCUGUUUCCUUCAAAUGCAUCAAAACAAUUUGUGUCUGAUGCAUAAAGAACUUUACAAGUGGGUUUGAUCCAUAAACCUGAACCUAGAAAUAGAAACCCACUUCUGAGGUAACCACUGCAAGGUCUCUCACCUUGCCAUCCCUGACAGCUGGUCGAUCAACAAUGGCAAAAAUAAUGUAUGAUAAACAAACACAUGGAUAAUACUCUGUUCAUUGAUGAAAUACAAAU